AAAAUAAAAAUUAUGACAGCGUCUACUUGAUAAUCUUGUGAUAUCUUACUUGUCUAUCGGUGCGAAACUUCUUCCAUACCCUUUUACGAUAAACCGCCCUUCUUCUCCAGACAUCAUAUAAAAUUUGAUUUUGCCCUCUUUCUCCUAGUUCGUUAAAUUUCACGAAACCCUAACCCUAAUUUCAAUCAAAUUCUCUCCGACUAACAGAUUAUCGUCUUUUCUUUCUCAAAUUCUUGUCGAUUUCAAUCAAAAUCUCUCCGCUUAAUCGAUUAUCGUCUUUUCUUUCUCAAAUUCUUGUCGAUUUCAGAUGGCUACGAAACCGCUUACAACCGAGGCUAUUGCUCUAACAGAGAAAAAAAUGGAUAUGAGUUUAGAUGAUAUCAUUAAGAUGUCCAAAACAAAUGUUGGCAAACCCAAGAAGCAGAGGGUUUCGAAUAAAACUAGGAUACCUACUAAUGAAAAACAAGCUAGAGCUUUGAAGAUGCGACAAUAUAUGGAUUCAAGGUCUACUCUUAGGCAGGGGGUUCUUGCUCAGAAAAGGUCCAAUUUUCAGGGAAAUGGUUUCCCUUUGGCAUCUGAUGCUGCUCGUAAGGCAGUGGCUGCCCCCUUCCGCAAUGGAGGUUUUAAUCGUAACAAGGCCAUUAACUGGAACAGACCAAGAGCUGCUGGUCCGAUGAGACGGCAGGGUAAUGCAUCAAUGGGAAGCAAUGUUCAUAAGCAACGACAACAGCAGCAACGGCAACAACAGCAGCAACGGCAACAACCGCAGCAACGACAACAGCAGCAACCUUCUCAGAGAGGGGAGAUGAUGCCAACCCAGAAACCUAAAACAUUGGAUUCACUGUUCGCCAAUAUGAAAGAGCAGCGGUUGAGGACUUUUGCUCACACAAACAGUGGUGGUGUAGUACGUGGCGCUUUUAAUCAGCCAAGGCAACCAUGGCUAAGAGGUCGAUUUGGCAACUACAGGAAUUAAGGAUUUUAAAUAUUUUGCAAGGGUAAAAUUUGCUCGUUGGUAAUAUGAAAAAAUAGUCUCAAAGGAAUGGUUGGUAUAUGAUAUUGGAGCCUCAAAACUUGAGAGGUCUUUGAUGUUGCUUUUGGUUACUGUAGAGCAAAUGUCACUUUUAUGUUAAAACUUCUUCAAUAUCAGCUUCAAUUUCAAUUUGAAAUCUGCCUUGUACAGCUGUUACUUUUUUUUUUUUGCCAAAGGGGUUCAAUCAUGCAGAAAUGCCUUUUGUUUUUGAGAUGUAAUUCAUACUUCGUAUUUGGUUUAAUACAAGUUAGUUUUGAUCCUGUUUA